GUCACAUAGAAAUAGGUAAUGGAUUCUUGCUUGGGUAUCAUGUCCUGAGAUUCCUUAUCUAUUCUCGUGUGUGAAGAACGCAACAAAGCAAGCCAACUAUAUAGUAGCAAAUUCUUUACACCACACCUUUUUGUCUAAUCCGUUCAGUUCUCGUCAUAUUCUCAUCAAUGGUCACUCGCCAGAAGUAACACGAAAAAUGGCGCAUUUGCCAUGCAUCUAGUUGCGCGGACCAAAGUCCAACGACUUCUUCAUCACCAGCGGCCCGCCAGGAAUGAUCGGCUCAGUCUCCUAGACUUCAGCAACAAUCUCUUCGGGUAUCUCUUUCAUACAAUCUUCCUUCUCAACCUCGAUAGGAGGUACGACGAUGCCAAACUUUUCGUAGGGGAAGUCAGCAAGGCUGAGCAUGUACUCGGCCCAGCCAUCGUCAAUCUCACCAACCUGAUGGAGAUCGACUUCUCCAGCCUCACCAGUGCGCCCAGCGAGGACCUCAGCCUCGCGUCCAUCGUACUCCUUCUUCAACAUCGGGUGGGGGCACCAGAUCACGCGCAUACCGGCACGACGACCAGCCUCGACACCGGGGACUGAAUCUUCGAAAACAAGACACUCCUCGGGGGUGAUGGGUCGUUCGCCAGCAGGAAGGCUGUCGUUGAUGGUCUUCAGAGCGAGAAGGAAGAUGUCGGGCAGAGGCUUUCCACGGCCGGGAGUCAGGCGGGAAUCGUCUCCAAGAACACGGCGGUGGGAAGGGAAAACAGCAAAAAGCUCCUCGAGGUGGUUUGUCUUGACACGGAAGUUGCCAAGAUGAGAGCUAGUGGCCAGAGCGAUGUGAACACGUUGAGGCUCACUGCUGGACUUGUCCUUAGCUUCAGUAGUAGCAUCAUCCUUGACCUCCCAGUAUCGGGUUCGGCCUAGGUGGCCAAGCAAGUCGACGAUGCCAGGGAGAGGCUUUGUGUGGGGAAACAGCUGCUUCUGGAGCAUCGUGUUCUCGGCGACGUACUCUUCGGAGGUGAUGGGGAGCUGGGCCCAGUCGUGAAAGAUCUUAUUGGCCUGAGGACCAGGGCGGCCCUGAAGCUUGGCCUUGAUAGACCAUGGGAGAGUUCCCUUGCCAUACUUUUCGAGGAUGAUGUUGACACACUUGGUGUAGAUGUCUUCGGUGUCGAGAAGGAGGCCGUCCAUGUCGAAAAGACAGGCCCUAACAGGUGGGAAACUAGAGAGUGAGAUCUGGUCAGUAUAACGCUCGCGAUCGAACAAUGCUUGAAUGUUAGUCAAGCAGAAUAAACAUACUCGGUACGAGGAGCCAUUGCGUCUGGAAAAACCAAGAGUGUUGGAAGUAGGGAAAGCGGAUGGGUAUCGGGAUGCGGUAUCAGAACGAAAAAACACGGCAGAUCAGAACUUGUUAUAGUGAGGAGGUACGAUUAGCAAGGGAGAGAUUUAAGAAAAGAAAGACGAGGCGAUCGCGAGAUUUUGAUAACGGAACAAGAACGGAACCUAACAAGCGCGGGGCAACUUUUUGCUCGCCGAUCAGUAGUGAAUCAACAGUGAAUCAUUCCGCUGAAUACCCCGCGGCGGGGCAGUGUAUUUCCACUAAGCCCACUGUAGCCUAGCAGAUGAUUAAGGUGGGCAGGACGGGCAGGAACCACAUGGAAUUCAUUGAGGCUCGUGAGAUUGUGCUUUUGAUGUUUCUUCAUUAAACAUCCAUUUGUUUCCGUCUCUCAACACAGCCAGUCCCCGCCACUUGCAAUUAAUUUUUGCAGUGUUUUGACUCAUCCUGCUUGUAUCAAUAAGACAAUUCUGUCUUUUUAUUUCAGUGUUUGAUCUUUGUCGUAAUAAUCAUACGUCAUUCGUCCUUGCCAACGAAUAUGAGCACAACCGAGCCUAGCAAAGAUGAUGUGGCCAAGUCGCCGGACGUCGAAAAAGCGAAAGACAACGCCGAUUAUGUAGAUGGACAGGAUCUAAAGUUCACACCAGAAGAGGAAGAAGCUUUAGUGAAGGAGUCAACUGUGUCCAAAGAGGAGGCGAACACUUUGUUUUCUGCCAAGAAGUACCAAGAAGCUCUGGACAAAUACGACGAUGCAAUCAACUCCUGUCCUAAAUAUCUACAUUAUCCACUCGCAGUCAUCUACAGUAACAUUGCCGCCUGCCAUAUCCAACUUGAGGAUUGGAAGGAGGCCAUAAAGUCAGCUUCUGACUCCCUUAAAGCGCUGGAGAAGCUUGAGCAGAGUGAUCCUCGACUGGGCUCUGAUGGCAAAAAGUCUGAUGAAGAGAAAGAGAAGAAGGAAGACGACGAUGUUGAAGAGGAGAUAAUCAGCAGUGGUGCUUCACGUGCCGCUCCAGUACCCAGUGCAGACGAUGGGGAGCUCAAGGCACUUCAGGCCAAUAUUCAACGCAUUCGAUGCAAAGCUCUCAUGCGAAGAGCCCGCGGUCGUUCAGAGGCUGGCGGUUGGCAUAAUCUUGCUGGUGCAGAAGAAGACUGUAAGGCACUUGCCGCCAAACCUGAAAGCUUGGCCCCGGCAGACCUUCGAGUAGUUCGGAAGCAAUUACGAGACUUACCUCCUCGCGUCAAAGCAGCACAAGAGAAAGAGAUGGGUGAGAUGUGGGGUAAGCUGAAAGAUCUUGGAAACGGCAUCUUGAAGCCAUUUGGAUUGAGCACGAACAACUUCCAGAUGGUCAAGGACGAGAAGACCGGAGGCUACAGUAUGAAUUUUCAGCCUGGGGGAAGCUCUUGAACGACGCAACGCGCUCCGUGAACAUAUCAGAGAAUCUGCCCUGACAUUCUAUUGAACCGACAAACAAGACUCCAAUUCCCGCAAUAUAGACAAAAGCAAUAGAUAUCCCAACGCCGUCUAUUUUACCCUUUAUUCGCCAUAAAUAUCUCAUCUUCCAACUUUUGGCAUGACAGGGCUUUCCUUGUCAACUAGGUACGUUCUGUGAGCUUUUGAGUCCCUACGAUGUUGGUGGAUCGAACGAGCUCGAUCGACUUGGUGGCUCAUACCAAUUCUGGUACGGAUGGUUGGGUAGCCUGAAAUCGGCGAAGCUCAAUGGGUUGACUGGUGGUUUCGUUCCCGCCGGGCCCAUGACAGGCGGUGUCAAAAUUCUCGACGGCGUCAAAGACAUGGAGGCUCUUCGGGCCGCUGAUAUUACCGAAUCUUGGCUGUUCUCUGUUUUCGGGCUCGAGGUGGGCAUCUUCAUACGCUCCCAACCCCAUUCUCUCUUGAGCUCCAUCUCGACGGCACCCAAGCGCCAGCCAUUUGUGCUAUUGAACCUAUCAAGGAUCUCGAGGACCUCAUCUUGCUCGUUUGGAUUCGUUAGCACAGCAGCUGCAAUUGCCAAGCAACGGAUCGCAACUAUAGCAACCCCCUUGUCUGUGGUGUGGGCGACAAUGCCGCAGACCUGAUAGGCAUGCUGCAGCUGCAAGAAUCGCAGCCUCUCUGAAGACGCUGGAGAUUCCAGGGGGUGUGUCUGUGAAAGGAUACAAUGCGCAGUGUGUGAAAGCAGCUGGCCAAUUGUUGCCUCCCGCUGGAUCAUCCUAAGCACGGAUUAACCACAUGCUUCAGCAGUUGGGAUGAUAUUUCACGUACCAUAUACCAGGAAAUAGCGAUUUGCUUGUCGAUUUUUCCGCUUUUACAUAACCAAAGGGACGCAUCUUUCUCGGGCAAUGGAUGUUCCAACCAUCACAGAGGUUUCUGAGCUCAUGCCACUGCGAAAGACGAUUUCUUACCCACAUUUGUUCGUUUUGGGAACUAAUCUCAUCGGAUCGUGACGCAGUCGCUCGGAAGUUUGCAACCUUUGCAAUGAUGUAGAGCGCACGGUGUACCCAGGUUUGUUCGUCCUCGUCCUCGUCACCCUGGUUAUUGUUACGAGACCCAAGACUCAUUCCCCAUUCGUCGGGACUCCACGUUGUCUGCCAAUUUGUUGCCAGGCAAUUGAGAACUUCAAUCCCUAUGUUCAGCCAGAAGCAGGCCAGUCCAAUCCCUGUACUCCUGGCAUCCCAUCCACAUUCUCGCACAAGGGCUCGCGAACCUGCUAUAUGGCUCAUACGCUGGGCAGGCUUUUCGCACAUAAUCUCGUAUACGUUCAGAACGAUCGCUGUCGUGGCACACUCGGCGGUAUUUCGAUCAGGGUUCUGGAGGCUUCGAAGAAGCUGCGUGGUUGCGGUAUUGUAGUAGAACAGCGCUUUGUCAUGAUUCUCAGGGGCAGCCAGAGAAGUAUGUUUGACACCACAUGCAAGAAGGGCAUUGAGGAGCAUUGUCGACCUCAGAGCGUGAUACGGAAUGCUUCGGGUGAAAUGUUUCUCCCGGUUGAACGAAUCCAUCCAAACAGCAACUUCUUCGACAAAGACUUGCAUGUAAUGAAUUUCUUCGGCUGAUGUCAAUAUGUUGCGGCCCACCGGUUCGUUGCUUUGGGUUGCUGAAGGUUGCACAUGGUCAUCCUGGAAGACUUGUUCGACAAGCGGUCUUUCUAUUCGAGGCGGUGUGUCUAUCUUGGGUAUCACCAAGUUUUCGACCUCUUCAGUUGACGUUUGCUGUGCCAGAGGACGGUUCCUCAUUGCCAUGAGCUGCUCUGGAAAUACUUCUGCUCGUGGGGUCACAACAGCCUUUGUCGAUGACGAUGGUGUGGCUAUAUGGGACGCGUCGCUCAGAGUCCCAUGUUCAUUCUCGUUAAGCUCAAGCUUGAUACCGGUGUCUGCUUUGAAUCUUGAAUUUUCUGAAGGUUUGGCUGUGGCGUUAUCCUGAGUAUAGUUGAAACGAUGUUGCGAACCAGGUUGAAGUCUAUCAGCUGAUGCAUCUAUAUCUUGGAUAUUAGUUGCGGUGACUGAAUUCACCACUUCUUGCCGGUCAUCGCUAUCGUCGACAAUUUCAGAAGCGUACGGCGCAUAUCGUCCAAGUCCGCCCUGAUAUUCUGAAGCAAUGUCUCGCGAUUCAUCUUGGAACUCGACUACGACUCGAUUAGCACAAAUCAUUCAUCUCGACCGGAAGCUCCGUACCUUCCCAGCCUCCAGGACUUGGUGUAGCAGUAGGCCGAUGGAGGUUGAUUUCCAGAAAGUUAAGACGUACUCCUCUCUUACAUUCACGGCCUCGCUUCCGGCAGUUCAUGCAAUCGGGCACGGCUUCGUCACACUUGAGAUGUCUCUCACGGCAUGUAAGACAUCCUGUUCGGACUCUUUUUCCUUUGACUGGAGUCGGAUUUGACGUCGGCAUGGGACUUUGAAUAGUCAUCUCUCUGGGAUUUUCCAUGGAUAGACCUGUAGGGUCUUGGCUGAUGUUCGGAGGUUCGGAGAUCGGUGUCGCCCCCAUAUCUGAAUGCCGCUGAACUUCAAGAUCGAACAUUUCAAAGUCGAGGUUGUUGUCGGUCGCAUAGGGUCCUGGUGAAUAACCUUGCCAUUCCGCAGGGAACGGCAUUGUCUGCCUUUCAUUGGAGUCUUCAUUUUGCAUCGCCGCACCGAAACUGACACCAAGAACGGCGAUGUCAUGGGGGCUUGUUUGAGCAGACACUAUAACCUACCUGGCUCUCUAUAGGAGGCCAGGGCAGUGGUGUGGGAUUUCCCGUUCAGAAUGCUGAAGUAGACGGCACAGCUUUGGAGUUUUGGUGUUGCAGAAUGAAUGCUUUUGCUGUUACAUUUGAGGCCAGAUGACCGGCCACCUACAAGACGAAAGAUUCUAGAAGAUUGAACGGAAGCAUGGAAUGAAAUCAUUGCUUGGGCCAGGCCACGGCUUCUGGUCCGGUUUCCCUACCCCGGGCUCGGUAUAGAAAACCGUCGCAGGUUCGGGAUUGUCGUUGUGGCUCCACAGUCGGAGUAAGGACUAGGAGCGAUAAGGCGGGGUGUGGUAAUGGACGACCAUGAACAAGAGAAUGAACCGGACGGGACUUGAUGAAUAUAAAUUCAAGAGUGCAUCGAUGUCGGUCAGCAUUAGGUGUCUGAGCUUCUCUAACAGCUGGAUGUGCCCGCCAGUUUCCGAGCGCUACAUCACGGUUAUAUGGCGAAAUACCAUCACCUUAACCAAGGUACGCAAGCCAAUAAUCACGGAGCGUACUCCGGCUGUCGUGCGAGUACAAGUAGCCUCUUCUCUCGGCUGUGAUUCGGAGAGCAGGCUGACUGGUACUGAGACCAUUACACCGGAUGGCGUCUGUGUUCAAUUUCAGUUCUGUCCUGUCUUAUUAUUAAGAACAGAAAGGAGUAUGCGCUAAAAGAGGCAUGAUGAUGCUGGACGCUACAAGAGUCAAGUGUCCGGCCAUAUGGCUCAACCUGCAUGACAGAUGCGUGCAAGACUAUCCACCAAAGUUGGCGACGGAGCUUAUAGGACAAAGCUGAAGUUGAUUCCUUGAGGGAAUUUGACUGUCACGUAUGACUCCAGUGUUAUAUGUAUGGAUUACACAUGUGGCGCCCAGGAUUGAUGAAACUCGGCUUACAUGCCAAUGCCUGAAAUUACCGGAAUCCGGAAGAGAGGGAUGCUCGUGUUAUGAUCGAACAUGGCUUCCAUCCAUCCGCAGGCUUCGCUUAUUGAAUCGGCUGUCAAUGUCGCUCGUGCACCACGAUGUCUUUUCCUACGGCAAGAGUCAGCCCCAUCAGACGAUGUACGAUGCGAGUGAGCUACACGAUUUGAGUGGCACGGGUACGCCCGAAAUAUACAACAAUUUUGGAAAUUCGGUUGUAAGUGAUAUAGGUAGGACGAAAGCAAUAGCCCAAAAUAGCUUGACAACCAAUGGUAGCACAUAAGAGUACGACCUCAAGAAAGUCUUGAGAUGUUUCCAGUAUGAAAUAUAUAACAUUUUUUAGGGACAUAUAAAAUUUGUUCCUGCAUGAUGC